AUGGUCCUUCAGGAUGCCAACAUAGUUGCAUUUUACUCAAACCUUCUUUACUCGCAGGCUCCAGUAAAUACAAAGACAUCGACUAACUACGAAGAGGGUUCUGUGACCUUUAAGGACAUGGCUAUCUACUUCUCGAAGGAGGAAUGGACACUGCUUGAUGACUCUCAGAGGCAUCUGUACCACCACGUGAUGAUGGAGGUCUUUGUUCUCAUGUCCUCACUGGGACUCCUACCUUCUGGAACCCGUGAAAUCACUCGGCUGGAGUCUUCAGGAGAUUUUUUCAUCCCUGCACUGAGAUUCCUGACUCCAAGAGUCGAGGUUGAAAAGAUACCUUGUGAGCAGAACAUUCCCAUGGAAGGAGGGCUUAAUGUGACCACGCCCCAACAGCAAGAGCAGAGCCUUGCGGAGGGAUCCUUGUGCCGAGCAGAAAGCAGGAGUCAAGUUGGGAAGAGCAAGAAAGGUGACCUUUCAGAGAAGAGUUUACAAAGCACAGACGACAUGAGGGACCUCCAGACUCCCUCUGGGCCUCUUGGGCAUCAUGUAACUCACAGUAGUGAGGAGCCACCCAGGAGCACUGAGAGAAGGAAGGCCAUUCGCAGUAAGAAGAGGAACUUCAAAUGCUGUGACUGUGGCAAAUCCUUCAGUUGUAAGUCUCUGUUUAUUCGACACCAGAGGAUACACACCGGAGAAAAGCCUUUUAAGUGUGGGGAAUGUGAGAAAUCCUUCAUCCAAAAGGCUGACCUGAAUCAACAUGUCAAAGUUCACACUGGAGAGAAGCCUUUCAGAUGCAGUGAAUGUGGGAAAGAUUUCAAACAUAACCGCUCCCUUGUUGGACAUCAAAGACUUCACACUGGAGAAAGACCUUAUAAAUGCAGCCAGUGUGGGGAAUCAUACAUGAACAAAUCCAGCCUCAUCCGGCAUAAUCGAGUUCAUACUGGAGAAAAGCCUUACAAGUGCAGCGAGUGUGGGAAAUUGUUUAAGGAGAGAUCCAGCCUUGUUUACCAUGCACGUGUGCACACUGGAGAAAGGCCUUUUGAGUGCAGCGAAUGUCGGAAGUGUUUUAAAAAGAACUCACACCUCGUCAAACACCGAAAAGUUCACAGUAGAGGGAAACUUUUUAAGUGUAACGUGUGUGGGAGAUCCUUUACUGUGAGGUGCAGCCUCAUUAAACACCAGAGAUUCCACACUGCAACAAAGCAUCAUGAGUGCAAGGAAUGUGGUAAAGUGUUCUGCUACAGGACUGGACUUUCUAGACACCGUAAGACUCACGCUGAAUAGAAGCAUUGAAUACAGGGAUCAUGGGAAAUCAUUUUCAUUGUCUACUGUCCGUGCACAAGAGAAUGUUCACUGGACACAAGUCAAGAAUGCUUCAAAUGUG